AUGUAUUUAAUCUUAAAAAUACUUAGUUUCUUGUCUCUUUGUGCAGGUGUGCAGUGUGUCUAUCAGGUGUCAUGGCUGCCCUGUCAGUUCACUGAUGAACACGUGUUUAAGAAUGAACUUGGUCACACAGAGACUCAGCUCAUCCACAGAAAGGCCAUGCUGCAGUUUGGUCAAAAAGGAGAUGCUGCUGUUAAUCCACAAGCAAUCACUUUCCUGAUUUCCGUCUCUAAGUUGGACCUGCGGCGGUACUUGGAGGGAGUGGAGGCAGAGCAGUUGGAGUGUGAGCUGCGUAGGUACAGCACAGCAGGCAACUAUGUUCGCUGGCCAGUAAUGGGGGCCCGGGAGUACAACAACUGGUUCACCUGCAUCCUGAAACACACCGACGGCCUGUUCACAGUCACAGGCUUCCUCAGACAUCCAUCGGACACAACAGCCCCGAGAAAGCAGGACUACAACCACUGGCCUCCCAUCGGGGACAGAGAGAUGCUCGUCACAACAACUGCCUUGGUCAUUAAGACACUAACUCCAUCAGUGAGAGCAGGCCUGGGCUCCCAACAGAAGCUCCAUUGCCAGUUUGCUGUCGACCACCAUGGACCAAAAUUCAGUGUGGAGUGGAUACUGCAGCAGCGUGGAGAGAGAACCAGCCUCUUCAGUCACAACAGCCGCACAGGACAGAGACAGGGGACUGGGGUCGAGCUGAUGGGCCUGGCAGACGGGGACGCUUCCUAUAACCUUCCCUUCACCAAGAUGAGCAAUGAAGGGACGUACAUCUGUUCCGUGUCCAUUAUUCCAGUGUUUGUCAGUGUGGAUAUUGUUCUGCAGGUCGAAGAGGCUCCCAGGGUCUCCCUCAACGUUGGAUCCACUCUGUUGCUGCAGGAGGGCGAGGAGCAGAAGGUGACAUGUGAGGCAGAGAGUUACUACCCUCUGGAUGUGGAGAUCGUGUGGUACAUGCAGGACCUGGCGGUGUCGGCACAGAGCGUGGGAGCUCCUCUCCCAGUGAAGCUCCAGAACGUUCUGCUGUCCAGCCACAAACACAACCCUGACAAGACGUUCUCGCUGACGUCCUUCUUCUACCUGCAGGCUGCACUCAAGCGCUCGGGCAGGGAGUUCACGUGCAGCGUAUCCCAUAAGGCCCUGAGGGUGCCCAUCAAAAAGAACUUCAUCCUGACUGUGGAGGAGCCAAGCUGGAUGCUUUACAUUGUCAUCUCAGUGCUGCUCACCCUGUGUGUGCUGCUGUGUUACCUGCACGUAGCAAGAAGACGAUCAGCACAGAACCGGCUAUACUGAGAAGAAGCCUUUGAAGAGUGAGCAGAUGAACCAGUAAAGGCGAACCGUACUCCUACCUCCUUCAGUUUGUUUCAGAGUCUCAUCUGAUUGGUGUGUGUGUGUGUGUGUGUGUGUGUGUGUGUGUGUGUGUGUGUGUGUGUUUGUGUGUGUGUGUGUGUGUGUGUGUGUGUGUGGGUGUGUGAUGGUUUUAAGGUGAAUGAUUGUUUUGAUGUUGCAUUGAUUUUGCUCAUGCUAAAAAUCGUUUGGAUCUUUUGUUACUGAAACUUGCCCAACAUAUGUUCGUAACAGAUGUUAAGACUGUAGACCAAUCAGAACACAAGUCGUCACAUUUAUUUCUUAUAAAUGUGGUCUUUGGGCCAAAACGGUUUAAAAGCUAUUGGAGCAUCAUUUAAUGUGAACAACCUGCCUGUUUAUUUAUUGUGAAAAGUAAUGGUGAAAACCUUAGUGUUGUUAGCUAUUGCAUUUAUUGAUUUAGGAAAUAGUAACAUUUUUUGGAUGAUUUAAUUAUUUUAGGAAAAAUAGUUCCAUGUGUGAUCUGCUCCCCUGCGAAUAAACAUAAGAUUUAUCACGUUAUUUUAAAUGUUUCGUUAAAAUUUCGGCCGCUUGAUAAACAUUUAUUUUAUCACUUUUAGCGGGCUCCCUAAUCGUCGUGUGUUCAAGUCUGUUCACAGUUUCUGAUCCACUAAAAAGUUCUUAGACACUGCAGAGCCCAGACCGUGUUCCUGUUAGUGUUUACUUCCUGUCUGUCUUCUUCUGGUGAUUUAUCUGACGUCAAGCACUCCGUAUUUUAACUUAUUUUACUUUGUCUUUCUUGAUCCUCCUUAACAACGGUCAAUAUAGUCCUUGACAGCGGUCUGUACUCUGUAUUAAGAAUGUGUCACACGUUCAGAAUUGACCGAUCAGAAUCGAGUAUUCAACUAAACCAUGUAAUAAAGGAAUUUAAUUCACAAUGAUAA